AUGAAAACCUCAACCGUGUUGCUCGCGGCCCUCGCGCCUGCCGUCCUGGCCGACCCGCUCCCGCGCGCCAUCCACCUCGCACACAACACCGACUCCCUCGCACACCGCUCGCCCGCCGCGACGAUACCGAACGUGAAUCAACUGGAGCAGCGGGCUCCCAUCGCCGAACUCGAUGCGGGCAUAGCGAUCCUUGACACGCGCUCGCCGCGGCGGAUCUCUGUCCCGCAGGUGAGCAGCGAGGGCUCGCUCGGCCAGACGCCGUGGAUUGGGAUGGCGAUUGGCCUGACUUGCACGGCGCUGGCAGCGGUGAUGCUGGGCUAG